AUGCCUGGUCUUAAUGAUAGCUGCGAUCGGGGCGCCAAACGGAAGUAUACCGGUGAACUUGCAACUAUCGCCUAUAAUCAUUUAACUUCGGCGAUGGUUCCUGGUUGUCUUGCAUCUAGGGAUGACCAUUAUUAUAAAAACCUCUAUCUCGAGGAGCCCGACUUCUUUUUGCUUGGGCAGCGCGAUCCAGAGUUUAGGACCGUUUUGGAACGCGGCUCAUACCUUGACUUUGCUAAUCCCAAGUCUGUCAUGCAGCUUACAAAGACUCUCCUGAAGCUAGAUUUCGGCUUACUAGUCGAUCUACCAACGGACCGUCUCUGCCCACCUGUACCAAAUCGCCACAAUUAUAUUCUAUGGCUGAAGGACCUUAUCGACUCUAGUUGUCCCUUAUCUCUAGAUUCCAACGAGCCAGCACGUAAGGUGACCGGGCUCGACGUAGGCACCGGCGCCAGUCUUAUCUACCCACUUCUAGGCUGUGUUCAGCGGCCAUCGUGGUCGUUCAUUGCUACCGACGUAGAUUCGAAAUCACUGGCCUACGCGCGCAAUAACGCCCAACUCAAUAGCAUGAGCCCGCGAAUACGUGUGGUCAAUCGAAAUAUCACAGAUUGUCUUAUUCCUCUGGUCGAGUUUGGUCUGGAGAGUAUUGACUUCGUCAUGGUUAACCCCCCCUUUUACACGUCUAAAACGGAACUUGAAGACUUAGCUAGUCAGAAAUCCCGACCCCCGAAUAGCGCAUGUACGGGUGCCCCGAUCGAGAUGGUUUGUGCCGGGGGCGAGGUUGGUUUCGUCCGGCGAAUCAUUGACGAGUCUUUGGUUUUGAGAGAGAAGGUGCAGUGGUAUACAGCCAUGCUAGGCAAACAGUCCAGUCUAGAAGUCCUCAUUAGCAUUCUGAAAACUCACGGUGUGACCAAUUAUGCCGUGAAUGCAUUCGUUCAGGGUAAGAAGACCCGCAGGUGGGCCAUCGGAUGGAGUUUCCACAGUCGGAGGCCGAGUUUGUCGGCGAGCAGAGGCUGUGAACCUUCAGCUGGAAAGAAGAUCUUACCUCUUCCUACGGAGGCAACUGUUGCUUCGUGGCCAGUAUCCCGGGUUAAACCCGAGAAGCUUGAGCAGAUCGUCUGUGAUACGAUGGAGAAUAUCGACGUGGCGUCUUGGAUCUGGGAUAGGUCGCAUUUUAGAGGCAUUGGGUUUUCUGAUGGAAACGUGUGGGGUCGAGCUUACCGGAGGAAAAGGGCGAGGGAAAAAGAAAAGGGAGAAAUAUGUUCGAAGGGAGAAGAGACUACCGAGAUAAACUCCCCAGACUCGCAACAGAUGAAGCUUCAUUGUGGAACAACCGAGCAUGGUUUCGCAUACUGCUCAUUUGGCUUCUCCAUAACCAUCCGGGUUUCAAGAGACGUAAAAACCAGCGAAGAUGAGAGUGUAGUUGUAGCCCAUUGGCUGAAGGGGAACGAUUAUGCGCUAUUCGAAAGUUUUACGGGCUUGCUACGGAAGUCCAUACGUUUAGAAUGA